UGCACACAAAGGCGGGCGAGGUGCUGCUUUUGAGGACGCGCAUAGCCUCAAACGCUCGCGGAACACGCGCGUGCAGCGCUUCGAUAGCUGCGAGUGCGGCUGCAACGCGCAGCGAGACCUUACCACUCUCAGAUCAGCUGUGCACCGUGCAGCAGUGUGCAGCAGUGAGCAGCGCUUGCAGCUCGGCGCGCGUUGCUACACAGAGCAGUGGGCCGUGCAGUGCACGCCAGUCGCCGCACAGCAUGUCGGCCGCAGCCUUGGAGGAGCUGGCCGAGAAGGCCGAAGCAUUGGCAGGCCGCGUGAGCAGCCGCGCGAAUAAAGCUAGUGAUGAAUUUGAGGAAGACGAGGAAGAAGACGACGCGUCGUACUUCAAGAUGAAGCAGGAGCUGCUGACGACGUACUGCGGCAUGCUCUCGUACUACUUGUGUCGGAAGGCUAGAGGGGAAUCAAUCGAGAACCAUCCCGUGGUCCGGAGGCUCUACGAGCUCCGCCUCACGUUCGAGAAGCUCCGGUUGUUAGAUGCCAAACUGCGGCACCAGCUCGACAAGGUGCUUGCUAGAGCCGACGCGGCUGACGUCGCGCCGGUCGCGAAUCUGGAAUCCGUUGAAAUUGACAAGGAGGAGGGGACCUAUAAGGCGCCGCGGUCGACGGUGGCGUACCAGGAGCAGGACGAGGCCUCGUCGGACGACGACGACGACGACGACGAGGCGCCGCGGGCGCCGGUCAAGGAACGCCAGGAGCGGUCUACAAGGGCAAGACGCGCGGAGAUCGACUUCUUGUUAAAGGAGCGGUCCGACGCGCCCGUCGAGAUCGGCUCCGGCGGCCACGACGAGUCUUUGGGUACUGGGCAGCGCGCGGCCCGCAGGGAGCGGCGGCGGAAGGAGCAGCGGGAGCAGGAGGCCUACGAGGAGGACGCCUUCCGGCGGAUCGACACGAACAAGAAGAAGAAGAAGCGGCGGAAGACGGCGGACUUCGCUAGUUCGCUCGACGACUUGAUCUAAGGAGCGUGUGUGUUGCACUUGUGAGGGUCGUGG